UGUUGUAAUACUCAACGCUGCUGGAAAGUAGAUAGUCUUGGAUGAGUUGAUUUUAUGUUGGAGUUGGGAUUUAAUUUAUGCGCUCAGUGAAACAGUGAUGCAGAAAGAUUUUUAUCUGGUGUUGCACGUUCUGGCCUGAUGAUCUGAUAGAAGAGAACAUUUCACAGUUUGUAGUUAUCAGACUAACUACAGGUUACUGCAAUGACGUCAACCAAAAACAUGAUAAAACUGCAAUAAAAGACACCACUACCUGAGGCACCUACUUCAACUUCUCAAGUGGAAUUUCUGUCACACAAGAUGGCGAAACCAGCAUUUGCAUCUGAACUCAGGAUUGUGAUGUUUGGAAAAAGUCAAAAUGAGAAGACAACUCUAAGUAACUUCAUCAUAGGGAAAUUAGAUACCUCUACUCUAAAAAAAAUGUCCAUGAAGUCUAUUGCCCAUGGAGAGUGGAGGAGAAUGCCUCUAACAGUAGUGAAAACCCCAGAUGUCUUCAGUCUGUCUGUGGAUAGAGUGAGACAUGAGAUAAAGACAUGUGUGGCUCGUUGUCCUCCUGGACCAAAUGUUCUGCUGCUGUUGGUGAAACCUUCUGAUUUCACUGAAGAGAACAGACUUACACUUAAGUUCAUCCUGAGUUUGUUUGGUCAAGAUGCUUUUAAAUAUUCAAUGGUCAUCAUAACACACAACAACGAGGGAAAGAAUUCAGCAGUGAAUCAAAUCAUCCGAGACUGUGAACAAAGGCAGCACACAUUUAACUUUGAUAAAAAAGAUCUUCCCAGACAUGAUCUUGAAGCACUGAUGGAUAAGAUGGAGAAGAUAGUGAGUGACAACAGGGGAGGACAUCUCAACUAUACUGAAGGGGCUGAACCCAUGGAAACACCUGAAUGUGCAAAACCAAAAUCUCCUCUGAACCUGGUAUUGUGUGGGAGACAUGGAGCCUGGAAGACUUCAGCAGCCAACGCCAUUCUGGGAGAGAGAAAAUUUGGUCCACCUGCCAACUCAUCAGAGUGUGUUCAACAUCAUGGUGAGGUAUGUGGACGUCAGAUUUCCAUUGUGAAGCUUCCUGCAUUGUGUGGAGAACCUCAGGAAACAAUGAGGAGGAAAUCAGCCAGGUGUAUCUCCCUCUGUGAUCCUGAGGGUGCCCAUGCCUUCAUCCUGGUACUACCUCUGGAUCCUCCCACUGAUGAAGACAUGGGAGAGUUAAAGGCCAUCCAGAGCAUGUUCAGCUCUCCAGUCAAUGACUUCACCAUGAUUCUGUUCACUGUGGAGUCAGAUCAUACAGCUUCAGCUGUUGUGAGGCUUUUAAAAGAAAACAGAGAUAUCCAGCAGCUUUGUCAGAGCUGUGGAGGAAGAUCUGUUGUCUUCAACAUCAAGGACAAGCAGCAGGUCUCUGAGGUGUUGCGCAGAGUGGGGAAAAUGAGAGCUGUAGGAUCCAGGGGCCUCCCAAAGAAAAUUGUUGCAAAGCCUCGACUUCCUCCCAGAAGUGCAUCUUUCAGGCCGCCAGGUAAUACAUAUCAGAAUAGAGCAUGGCUGGUGCAGAACAGAAGAGAGUAUCUCAGAAUGGUGCUGGUUGGGAAGACUGGCAGUGGUAAGAGUGCCACUGGAAACACCAUUUUGGGCCAACAGUGCUUUCAUUCUAAAGUCUGUCAAAAGUCAGUGACCAGGCUUUGUCAGAAAGUAGAGGGAGAGAUUGACGGGAGGCCUGUUGUUGUGGUCGACACCCCCGGCUUGUUCGACACCACUCUGUCCAAUGAUCAAGUCAAACAGGAGCUUGUAAAAUGUGUCAGUAUGUUGGCUCCUGGUCCUCAUGUGUUCUUGCUGGUGCUGCAGAUUGGUCGCUUUACACGGGAGGAAAAAGAAACUGUGGAGCUUAUCAAGACGUUUUUUGGUAAGAAGUCAGAAGACUUCCUCAUGGUUAUAUUCACCAGAGGAGAUGAUCUUAAAAAUCAAACAAUUGAGAGUUACAUUGAAGAAGACAGUGAGGACUUUGUCAAAAAGCUGAUAAUUGAAUGUGGAGGACGAUACCAGGUCUUCAAUAACAAUGAUCAGAAAAAUCGCUCUCAAGUCAGCCAGCUGCUGACCAAGGUGGAAUCAAUGGUGAGGAAAAAUGGUGGUAGCUACUACACCUCAGAGAUGUUCCAAGAGGCUGAGGCAGCCAUACAAAAGGAAAUGCAGAAAAUCAUGAUGGUGAAAGAAAAAGAGAUACAGAGACAGAAGAGGGACCUUGAAAGAAAACAUGAGGAAGAAAUUCAGGUGAAGAAAAAAAUAUUUGCAGAGCUGGCAGCCCAGUGUGAACAAGAAAGAGCACAGAGAGUCAAACUAAUCAAAGAAAAGGAGGAACGCAUGAAGAAGAUGCUGGAGAGGAAGGAGAGGGAAAGACAGAAGAGAGAAGAGGAAGCACAGAACAAAAAAAUGCAGGAAGAAGUUCAACAAAAUGAAUGGGACAAAAAACAAGGAGCUCUGGACAAGAAAAUAAAUUCUGGAUCAGAAACAAAGACGGUUGACAAGAUGUCACUGAUGCGCAGCCGUCAAGAAAUGAGAAAAGAACGAGAGGCUUGGGAGAGGGAAAGAAGGGAAUGGUGGGAGAAAAGGUAUCUAGAAGAUGAACUGAGACGAGAAGAAGAGCAAAUGCGACUUAGACAGCUCAGAGAAGAAUAUGACCAGGAAAUAGAGAGAUAUGAAAACAGAAGAAGAGAGGAGGAACGAAUGAGAAAAGAACAAGAGGAAAGAGAAAUGAAAGUAUUACAAGAAAUCUAUAAGAAGCAAAUAGAGGAAAUAAGGAAGAAAAAUGAAGAAGAGGCAAGAAGGCAAGCUGAAGAAUGCAAUGAGUUCAGACACAAAUAUGUUGAGGACGUUACGGCUCAGGUGGAAAAGUAUGGAAAGGAAAUGGAGGAGAUGAGACUGAAGCAUCAAAAAGAAAAGGAUUUCAUGAUCAGUCAGCUGAAGAGAAAAAGAACAUAUCAGAAAGACUUUGAUAAACUGAAGAAAAAACAAGAACAAGAAUUAAAUGAUCUGAAACAUGAACACUGUUUCCUUGAUAAAGAAACUCUGAACAAAGAAAUCAAUGAGCUGAAGAAAAUACACGAGGAUGAAAUAAAUUUCUGGAUACAGGAAAAGGUGAAGAAAGCCACAGAUGAUAAAGCUUGUAGUAUUUUAUGAGAGGGACUUGUUUUCUAACAGUGGCACAGUUUCAGCUGUAAAACUGACUUAAAAUAUCAAGUUAAUCUGUGUUAUUCCCAUUCAGUUAGUGUAAAUAGUUGGUCUAUAUGAAGUUGUUCAGAUAACGUAACUUUAUUUAACCAAUAAUGUCAUAUGAUGUCAGGUUGUGUUAGGGGCAACUGACAAGAGUUGACAGUUUCCUACUGUGCUCAAAAUGUCUAACAUAACUGAGAGUGAUGAAUUUCAUAGCUAGUUAAGUUUAGCUUGAUACAUGUUCAUUUGCUGUGAAGUUCAGUGUAUAAAUUUAAAUAAAACCUUUUAAAUGA